UUUUUUUUUCUUCAAACUUUUAUUGAAACGACACCGUUUUAUAAUAACCCUAGUCUAAUUGCUUCUACUCGAUUCCAACAUCAAAUCGAAUUGGUUCUGAUCAGAGAGCAUUGUGUUCGGACAGAGCUUUUCUGGGUGAAAUCGAAUUGGUUUCAAUCUUCGGACAGAGCUUUUCUGGGUGAUUUGCGGAGCUUCUCGUGACCAUUUCUUGACCCUCUCUCGUGACCCUCUCUCUUGACCCUCUCUCUUGACCCUCUCUCUUGACCCUCUCUCUUUGUUGACCCUCUCUCGUGACCCUCUCUCUUGACCCUCUCUCGUGAGUCGUGAGUCGUGACCCUCUCUGUCUCAUCACCUCCACAUCAGGAGCCUUUGAUUUUGGGUGGAAUCAAGUUUCAAUUUUGAUUUUAAGAAUGGAUUCACAAUCAUUAGAGACAAUGGCAGCUUUAAAUGCUGAGCAUGAAUAUCAUGCAAUGAAUGAAGAUGGUCAAGAGGCUGAAACUCAAGGAGGAGCACAUAGUGAAACGCAGCCUACUCAAGAGACUACUACUGACCAAACGGUAUUUAACUCUAAUAAACGCUUAAAGUCUGAUUGUUGGAAAGAGUUUAUACCAGUAGCAGGACUAGAAACAGAUGGUAAACGUAGAGGUCGUUGCAUUCACUGUAAUAAGAAGAUGAUUGUAGAAACUAGUCAAGGAACAUCAUCUGUUAAGCGUCAUUUAGCUAUUUGUCCAAAGAAACCUCCAGGGCUGAGUGAAGCAAGUGAGUAUGAUCAGAAAGUAGAUCGUGAAAUGGUUACUGAAAUUAUUGUGUACCAUGAUUUAGACACUUACUGCUCUACCCAGCGAUGCCAGAAUCAACAAGCUAGAUUUAUACAUACGACUGCAAUCUAAGUCUAUAGAUUCCUAAUAGUUACUAGUGAUGAAACAGUUGCAUACUUGUGAAGCUUUUUUAACUCGUUAUCUAACAAAGACUACACUAGAGAGUACAGAAUCAAUCAGAUAAAGGUAAAAAGAGUC